AUGGCUGCAGAGGAUUUAAGAUGCGAGCAUGCAGCGAGGGCGGCAGGCCUUCUGCAGAGCCUUCGCACCCCCAGCUUCGUGAAGUUUGACAAUGAGGAUGCCGUUGCCGAGCCCACCCUUACAGGCAUCACCAGCCACGACUGGGUACAGGUUUUGCUUCAAGAGUCGCGACUGGGCAGCGAUGCGAUGAUCUCCGAUGAAGCGUUCAAUGCCACAAAUGCCACCAACUCCACCGCUGCCGCAGUGACAGGCGUGCAGCUGAACAAAGCGGGGGACCUGGUGAUCUUUCUCAGCGCUUUGGGCACGAACAUUGGCAUUGUGAUCGUCUCGUUUCUCCUGCUGGCCAUUCUUCGCCGCGUGCUGCCGCGCGUCUUCUCGUCCAGGCGCACAGGGGAAGGCCCGAAGCAGACAGAACCAAGCCCAGCAUCGGGGGGCAUCUUCGGCUGGGUGUCGCUCAGUUGGAGACCCACGGAUGAAGUGGAGGAGGCAGCUGGAUUGGAUCACGCCAUGUAUCUUCAGUUUUUGGACUUGGGCUCGCGCUUGUGUUUGCUCAUUGGCCUUCCUUGCGUGCUGGUGCUAUGCCCCUUGCACUUCUUCGUGGGUGGCGGAGCGGCAGGGGAGGACCGAUUGAGCAGCAUUGGUAUGGGCAAUGUGCAGCAUGGCUCCUGGCUGUGCUGGCUUCAUGCCUUCUUUGUGUGGUACGUGGUGCUGGUGAUCCACGCGCAAGUGCACCGGGCCCAGAAGAGCUUCCUUCCUCUGAGGGUGCGCUGGCUCAAAGAGAUGCCCACGCCCGCCGUGACCUCGGUCCUGUUGCAGAACAUCCCCGAGCACCUCAAGACCGGAGAGGAGUUGCGCGUCUUCUUCGACGAGGGGGUCUUCGGCUACAAGGCGGUGAAGCGCGUGGACUUUGUCAAGGAUACGCGGGAGCUGCUCCGAUGGAAGCGCCAUGCCCUGGAGAGCGCCAGCAACGGCGCAGCCUUCCGCACCGGGAACGGCAAGGUGUUGCAAGGGGAGGAGCUUCAAGCCGUGGCCGAAAGCAUGGCGGAAAAGCUUCGGAAGGAGGCGGUGCGGUCGGACGACCACAACCUGGCGGCUGCCUUUGUGACCUUCACCAGGCGCCGAGAGGCAGCGCUGGCCUACCGCCUGCUUUCGGAAGAGGACAACGACGGCAUCCGCGCGGAUUUGCCACCGGAACCCUCUGAGGUACUUUGGCAGGAUCUGGCGAUCAGCCCUGAGAAGCAGGCGGCGAAGGAGCUUGUGGGGUACUUCCUCAUUUUCCUCAUCUUCUGGGGUUUCAUGCCGGUGGUUGUGUUGAUCCAGUCCAUCGCCAACUUGAGCACGCUGGAGCAGGACGUGCCCUUCUUCCAGUACCUGAUCACUCAGCUCCCGGUGCUAGCCACACUGUGGAACGGCCUAAUGGCCUCCUUCGCAUUGACCUUGGCCAUGAGCUUCCUGCCCUCCCUGCUGCUUCUGAUCUUCACCAACUUCUUCGUGUCCAAGGCGGAGGUGGACCGCCAGCAUCGGCUCCAGGUCUGGUACCAUUACUUUCUGGUCAUCUUCGUCCUGCUGGUCACCGCCAUUGGCUCCUCCAUCUUUGUCACCGGGAAAUACCUGGUGGAGCAUCCCUUUGAGGCGCCCAGCCUGCUUGCCAGCAACAUGCCCAAGAGCACCCACUUCUACCUCAGCUUCAUCGCUAUGCAGAUGUCCUCAUACGCCACCUCUGGCUUGCGCAUGGCGCAGCUCACCAAGUACUUGGCCUUCAAACUUUGCUACGAGGCCGACAAGGCCAAGGAGAAGAGCGAGCCGGAGGACGACUCCUUCUAUGGCAUGGGCUCGCGCUCCGCCAGGGCGACCUUGGAGCUGGUGACCGUGAUCACGUUCUGCCAGCUGUCGCCCCUGAUCUCCUUGCUGGGCGUCUUGAUGUUCACGGUGAGCCGAGUGGUCCACAGCUUCCUCUUCCUGGAGGCCGAGGAUCGGAAGCCCGACCUGGGCGGCGCCUUCUGGGUCACCAGCCUGCGCCAGGUCCAGCAGGGCCUCUUCCUCUUCGUGCUGCUGAUGACCGGGGUGCUGGCAGAGCGUGCCGGGACCUGGGUGCCCAGCGCCAUCUCUGCCUCCAGCUUGGUCUUCGUGUACUGGUCCUUUGUAACCUUCCGGCGCCGCUACCGCUGGCAGCAUCUCCAGGUGGAGGAGGUGCUGCAAGAGUCGGAGCUGCAAAAGACCAGGGCUUCCAGCUGUGACCACUACAUGCAGCCGGAGCUGCCAGGGGACCUUCCUCCCAAACCACAGGGCCUUCUGGAGGCAGUGGCAGUCCCUUGGCUGCAGCCCAUCGUAAAGGCCAGGGUUCAAGCCAUUUUGGGCAGAUGGAUCCGCAUCAGAGGCCAUGCGCACCAAGCUCCGCGUGUUCUGAGCGCGAAGUCCGUGCGACCCCAGCGCCACCGAGAAAAGGGCGCGGCCGUUGCUCGCGGUGCGCCGGUGAAGGCCUGGGGAGAGCUGGCGCUCCUCAUCUUGACCAGGAUGGAGUUCCCCAUCAGAAGUCCGCAAUCCAAAGUCCUGGCGGCGGGCAAUAUUCUCCUGAGGUGCUUUUCUAUCAUGUCGGAAUUCCGUGUGGUGCCGGUGGUGGGGCCGCUGAUUAUCGCAGUCUUACAGUCGUUCGCACCGAUGAUCGGAAUGUUCAGCUUCAUGGGAAUGAUGUUUGUGACCUUCGCAUUCACCUUCUUGACCAUGAAGGACGAUGAUAGAAGCGCGACUUACGUGCUGCUCAAUCUGUACCAAGCGCUGUUCCUCACAGAUAGUGAUGGCGCUGAGAGUAUUUCGGGCAUCGACAUCGGCCAUCAGCAGACGCUGGACUUCGGGGUGGAGAUGUACACCGGCAGGGGCAGCCCGUGGCUACUGAGAGCCUCCACUUUGUGUAUGCUGUUCGCCACCUCCACCUUCUCCUUGGUGUUGCUGAAUCUUACGAUCGGCAUGUACACCAAGUUCUAUGAGAUUCAGGAGCCGUUGGCACGACUGGCAUUCCAGCAGUGUCGGGCCAGGAUCAGCGUGCGCUUCCUGCUGAGACCCGCGCUUCCCCCGCGGCUCCUGGCGACCUUGGCCCGCUACGGGCUCACGGCGGCGCGGGCGCGCUCCGCCUGCUGCCUCCUUUCUUUGCCUUUCCUGAUGGUGCACCUCAUCGUUUGCUUCUUCCUUGGGGAUCCCGUGGUGGCUGGAGCGAUUCUCUCUGCAGGCUUGCUAAUCGUCCAAGCUGCGUUGCUGAUAAACAGCACGGAUUUGGACAGGCGGCAUCAAUACUUGUGGGUGAGCGUUCGCUCUGACUACAGCGAGAACUUUUACAUGAACCAAGACGUGGAGCUGACGCAUCUCAAGUCGGAGUUGCGGGACGCCGAGCGGCGCCAGAGCGAGGAGAUCGCGCGACUGGGCACCGACGUGCAGAGGCUGGAGAAGAUGGUGGAGCAGCAGUGCAAGUUGGCUCAGGAAGCGCUUCGGCCAGAGCGGGGGUGCGCCCCGCAGUGA